GUACUCGGUGGCGCAGUGUCAUGCUGUUGCCGGGCGAACAAGUGCUGCCGUACAGGCGGCCACGGAAGCACGCAAUCUUUUUGCGCAGACCUGGGACAGGCAGGGUGAGGCCAUGGCCAUCCUGAUGCUGGGCGAGAGCUCGGUCUUGGAUGGCGACAUCCCUCGCGGCCGGGAGUUCACAAAGGAAGCCUCUGAGCUCUUUGCCAGCAUCAGCGACUUCGAAGGGGUGGAGAAGGCGCAGCGGACACUUCAGCAAAUCGACGAGAUCGCUGUGUCACAGGGCACCAACGUCCCGGAGACGAAGCGAGCUGAGCCGGAGGCCGGACCCUCGCCCUCGCUCGUUGUCUCAAAGCAGCCGCAGAUGACGCUUGAGAAGGCGAAACAGCUCGCGAUGAACAUCGCUGUGGAGGCCGUCGGGUCCGAGGAGCCGAUCGCCUUCGAUGAUUCCCUGAUGGACGUCGGCUUAGACAGCCUGGCGGCCAUCUCCUUCCGCGAGACGCUGGCGCGGGAGUGUGGCCUGAAGCUGCCGUCCACCCUGAUCUUCGACUACCCGAACUUGAACGCGGUUGCCGACCUCAUGGUAGAGUCGAGCGCAGUGUAG